UCCAAGCAUAAGAGAAGUAAACACAGCAUCGACUGAUGCAACCUAUUCUGCGAUUUAGCCAAGAAUUUUAAUCUUCUGAUUAAAUUCUUCCUUCAGUGGUUAAUCAGAAGAUAAUCUUCUAACUUUACAAAUAUUUGAAUGUAAUCGAUUCUUAAGUCUGAUAACUUGUGUUGAUUGUAGGCGGUUUCAAUUCGUAUUAUGAACAAACUAAGUUAUUCACUCUACGUUGUUUAAGAAAUUUAAAGUGUGACCGAUGUUUUUGGUAGUUCAUGCAUGUCAUUUUUUUAAAUCAAUAAUCUGAGAUUAUUGUCAACUUCCAUUUUAAAAAUGAAAUCAUUGUGGAAACAUAGCAUUCUGUGCGUAAUAUUAAUAGGAAAAUUUGCUUUUGCUCUGUACCCAAGAGAAUCACCUACUCGAGAAGUUAAAACUUUAGACGGCGUAUGGAAUUUUAAAAUUUGUCACCAGAAGGACCAAGACAUUGGUUUCAGAGAAGAAUGGUUCAAAUAUCCAUUGCAAGAGACUGGUGAUAUUAUACCAAUGCCUGUUCCAUCCAGCUUCAAUGAUAUAACACAGAAUGUUACAAUUCGAGACUACCUUGGUUGGUCAUGGUAUGAUAAACACUUCUAUGUGCCUCAAAGAUGGAAGGAAAAUUUUAGCAUAGUAUUGAGAUUUGAAAGUGCACAUUAUUUUACCAUAGUGUUCUUAAAUGGUCACAACAUAAUGAAUCACACUGGUGGACACCUGCCAUUUGAAUCUGAAGUCACUCAAUAUCUGAAUUUUGCUGGUUCAAAUCAGGUUACUGUUGCUUUGAAUAAUACACUUUCCACAAAAACUAUACCUCAAGGUAGUAAGACAUUCAAACAUGUGAAGGAUGGGCCCUAUCCCCCUGACUUCUAUGAACAAGGAACCAAUUUUGACUUUUUCAACUAUGCUGGUAUUCAUCGAUCAGUUGUGUUGUAUGCUGUGCCUCAAGUGUUCAUAAAUGACAUAGCUGUUGUUACAGAUAUUGAUAAUACAACAGGUUACAUUCAUUAUGAUGUUUCAAUCUCCAAUUCCUUAAAGCCAAAUUAUACAAAAGCAGUAUGCUUUAUCAGCAUCUUAGAUAAAUCUAAAAAACUAGUAGCAACACAAACAGGCUGCUCUAACACAACUGCUAUAAAAAAUGCUGCCCUUUGGUGGCCUAGUACUAUGCACAGUGAUCCUGGAUAUAUGUACACAUUACAUGUGGAAAUGAAAUUUCAAGAUGUAAUUGAUGUGUAUGAACAACCCUUUGGUAUUCGAACUGUAGAAGUUAAUGAAAAGGAGCUUCUGAUUAAUGGAAAACCAUUUUAUUUUAUGGGCUUUGGAAAGCAUGAAGACUCAAAUAUUCGUGGCAAAGGACUAGAUUUACCAUUGAUUAUAAAAGAUUUUAAUUUAAUUAAGUGGAUUGGUGCAAAUUCAUUUCGUACUUCUCACUAUCCUUAUGCAGAAGAAAUAAUGAAUCAAGCUGAUUCACAGGGUAUAGUUGUUAUAGAUGAAUGUCCAGCUGUGGGAUUAACGAGCUUUGGAGAUGAUUUAUUGCAGUUACAUAAACACAUUUUGGGAGAACUAAUUGCAAGAGAUAAAAAUCAUCCAUCUGUUGUGGCAUGGUCAGUUGCUAAUGAACCAUCAUCAGCAAAAUCAGCUGCCAACAAGUACUUUAAGGAAAUCGUGUCACAUGUAAAAUCAUUGGAUGCAACAAGACCAGUAACUGCUGCUCUCAAUGCUGAUUAUACAAAAGAUAAAGCUGGCAAAUUUUUAGAUUUUGUAAUGAUGAAUCAUUACUUCUCUUGGUACCAAGAUACUGGUUCUUUAGAAGUUAUUCAACCAUUACUAGUAAAUUAUAUAUCUAAAGCUCAUGAUAUAUACCAGAAACCUAUUAUGAUGUCAGAAUAUGGGGCUGAUACUAUUGCUGGAUUACAUAUGGAUCCUCCUUUCAUUUUCACAGAAGAUUAUCAAACAGAAAUGAUGAUGCAUCACCAUAAAGCUUUUGAUAUUUUGAAGAAGAAAGGCUUUUUUAUUGGAGAACAUAUAUGGAAUUUUGCCGAUUUCCUAACAUUACAACAAAUCAAUAGAGUAGUUGGAAAUAAAAAAGGAAUAUUUACUAGAGAACGUCAGCCAAAAGCUUCUGCAAAGCUACUACGAUGUCGGUAUCACAAGCUAAUGAACCGACGCAUAGAAGGCAGCAUUGCAUAUUGUCCUGUGAGCAGUUCUAACAAAGUAGAAUGUAAUACUGUAUGAUGAUUUUAACCUGCUGUAUUUCAAAUUAUAUGUAAAAUGAUGAAAUUUAUAUGAAUAUUUUUCAUAUAAAGAAAGAUAAUUUUGUAUAUUAAAUUGCUUGUUAUAAAAAAUGUAUUAUAAUAUAUUUACAAUGAUGUAUACCUUUAAAUUUUAAAACUGUUAAAUGUAAAUUAUAAUAUCAGUAAUAAAAGUUUUAAUUUAAAAUGAUUUCUUUAUUCAUAUAACUGUAGCAUUCAAAAUAUAAACAGUAUUCAAAACAGAACAUAAGACUAGUUUAUUUUUAUAUAUACAUAAUUUUCAAAGCAUCUGUUUCAGAAUGCAGGGUAAAUGCAUCAAAACAAUAUUUAUAUAAUAUAUAAUAGCAUAAAUACCUUAAGUAACAUUAUAAAUAUAUACAGAAAUUGUGCUUUUUAUGUACAUGUAAAAUGUCUUGUUUUUUAAGAUUAUUUUUGAAGUAAAAACUGUUCAAUCAAUUCA